AUGCUCCGCGCGACGGCACUCUCACUGGGCAAAGCCCUUGUUGUCGCUGAGAUGGUGGGUGGGAAAGUCUCACCAGCGACGCUGGCCGCCAUUACGGCGGCCUCGAAGGUGGGCCCUGUGACGGUCCUAGUGGCCGGCGCGUCCGCCAAGAGUGAGGCGCAGGUCCUUGCCAAGGUAAAAUCUGUCCAGAAUGUGCUGGCGGUCGAAGCGGCGCAAUACAGCCACGGCCUCCCCGAGGAAUACGCUCCGCUCAUCGACGCGGUGGUGAGGGCGAACAGCUACACGCAUGUGUUAGCCGGGACUUCGGCGUUUGGCAAGAACGUUAUUCCCAGGGCUGCGGCGAAGCAGUGCUGCAUGCCGAUUCCAGAAGUCACGGAGAUCAAAGACGAGAGGACGUUUGUGCGGCAGACGUACGCCGGCAAUGCCAUCACCACGGUCAAGUCGUCCGACAAGAUCAUGUACUGCACCUUGCGCGGUACAGCCUUUCCCCGCGCCGAGGUGGAGGGCGGUAGUGCCGAAGUGGUGGAUUUCGCCGCGACCCCGGCAGUGGGUAAGGCGAAGUUCGUAGCGGACCAAAUUUCCACCAGCGACAAGCCCGACCUGGCGACAGCAGCGACCGUCAUCUCCGGGGGUCGUGGCAUGAAAAACGGCGACAACUUCAAGCUGCUCGAGGAACUCGCCACCCCGCUGCGCGCUGCUGUCGGCGCUACUCGCGCUGUUGUGGAUGCUGGCUAUGUGCCGAACGAGAUGCAGGUCGGUCAGACAGGCAAGACGGUCGCGCCAAACUUCUACCUUGCGUGCGGCAUCUCCGGCGCUAUCCAGCAUGUGGCAGGCAUGAAAGACUCGAAGGUGAUCGCUGUUGUGAACACUGACCCGGAGGCGCCCUUCUUCCAAAUCGCCGACUACGGUAUUGUAGAAGAUCUCUUCAAAGUGGUGCCAGAGUUGACGAAGAGGGUCAAGGAAGCUGCUGGCAAGUGA